AUGUUGAAUUCGGAUUGUAUAAGCAUUGUUGAGGAUAAAAUGAUUAUAAAUUCAUUUGAAUUGGAUAAAGAAACAGAAGAUAUAUCAAUGAAAAGAAAGGUCGAAGAAACAAAAGUAAAAAAGAUAGAAGAAAAUACAGGAAAAGAAGAAUUAGAAGAAAAGAGUAAUAGACGAAGUAAGCGAAUUAAGGGAAUGAAAUCAGAUUUAUCAAAUGAAUUAAAAGAUUCAAUAAAAAAAGAAGAAAAAAAACAGAGGAAAGAAAUGAAAAUAAUAAGGGAAAUAGAAAGAAAAAAAGAGAGGGAAGAGAAAGAAGAAAGGAGAAAAAAAGAGAGAAUUGAAAGAGAAGCAAAAAAAGAAAUGGAAAAAGAAAAAAAGGAAGCAGAAAGGCUUCGUAAAGAGAAAGAAAAGCAAUUGAAAGAAGAAGAGAGACUUAAAAAGAAAGCAGAAAAGGAUGCUAAAGAUCAGAAAAAAAAUGAAGCAAAGAAAAAGAAAGAAGAAAAACGAGAAAACAAUAUAGAGAAGUCAGAUUCUCAAUUAAAACUUCAGUAUUUUUUUUAUAAAACGUUUCCCAAAGAAAAUGCUAUAGAAAUAAAAGAUUGUUUUAGUUCAGAUUAUGAAAAAUGUUUUAUUCCAUUUUUUGUUAAACAAUAUACUUUACUUUCAAGCCAACAUGCAUUUGUACGAAAUCCUGAUGAACGUAUGACAAUUAUGAAAGACAUGGAUAUGUUUUUAGAUUCAGAUUUUUCAAUUAUGUCUCCUAUUGAGCAUUUAUUAUCUCUUUUUAAAAUUAAACCUGCCCUAUCAUUUCGUCAUCCUAAAUCACACAUUACUGUUAAAUAUCUACUUCAAAAAUAUGAGCAAUCUGAUUCAACAGAAGAUCUUUUUAACAAAUUAAAAAUAUUUCCUAUGAAACUCCUCCAAUUUAGAGAAGAUGUUCGACCACCUUAUUAUGGCACAUUUUCUAAAUCAUCAUUUAUACUAACUCCAAGAAAUCCAUUUAAAACUGAUGAACACUUAUUUAAUUAUAACUACGAUUCUGAGGCAGAAUGGAUAGAAGAAGAAGAAGGGGAAGAUAUUGAUAAUAUGGAUGAUAGCGAAGAAGAAGAAGAUGCAGCAGCAUUAAAAGAAGACGAAGAUGAUAGGGACUUUCUUGAUGAUGAGGGCGAAUUAAAUAAUACAAAAAAAAAAGUGAUAAUAAAUUUGAUUCCUAGCGUUAAAGGUCUAUAUUGGCAACAUUCUGAUAAUAUAGAUACAGAUGAUUAUGAAUUAUUUAAAAAGUUCAGAAUGAAUUCUUUGUUAGACAUAAAUCUUCCUAUUAAUCCUUAUCAAGAUUAUUGGUCACCAGAAUCAAACUCAAAUAAUGAUGCUAAGCUUCAAAACUCUACUAUAAAAACAAUAUCUUCAGUAUUAUCUCCUAAACCUUCACUACAUUUUCCACAGGAUUCACUUCCAUCUUUUUUAAAAAUAAUUCAAGGAAGCACACAAACAAAAGUAUUACUUGUAGAAACAUUACGGCAAAAAUUUUCUGAUAUUAGUAAACAAGCCAUUCAAUGGAAAUUAAGCACUGUUGCACGAAGAAAUGGUAAAGGCGUUAAUAAUACAUGGGCUGUUGACCCAUCCGUUUGGCAUUCUGUUUUUGGCGAUGAUCAAAAUUCAUAA